UUAUUUACACGAAAUAUAUAAACUGCAAUAUAAAAUUUGAUGUUUUCUUUAUUUUAUUUUUUUCGUCCAAAGGAAUUCAUAUUGAAAUGUUGAAAUCGGUACAAAGAGUUCGAGCUAUCGGUUCGGGAGGAUUAACAGAACUAGAAAUACAAGAGGGAUUCAUUCAUACAUCCACUUCUUGCUAACAAAUGAGCAGCUUUAUUUAGAAAAAUCUUAGUAAGCUUUGGAAAAGAUAAAAGCUAAUUAGUUGGAUAAGAAAAUGUUUAAAUGCACUACCUUGAGUAUUUUUAAAUUAUUUUGGUAAUGGUGUCUGCUUAAUUAUUGUUCGAAAGAAAAUGUUAACCAAUACUAUAUAGCUUACUUAAACAUGAAUUCCAUUUUUAAGUCUCACAAUUUACUAGAUUACCAAAAACAAGUUUCAAUAUUAUGUAUGGUCAAACAUGCAGUAUAUAUAUGUAGUUACUAUAUAUAUGCAGAAUAUUAAUACUCAUCAACAGUCACAACAACAUAUAAGCAAGAUCCAGAAAAAAAACUUGGAACAAAAAGAUGAAGUUAGCUGCAAUUUUCUUGGUUUCUUGCGUCUUAUUCUCUCUUGUCCCAAGCCUAACCAUAGCGGAGAAAAGGCCCUGGUGUCCAACAAGAAAACAAAUAUUUGAUGGAUCAUGUAAUAGAACUGAUUACACACAAUGCUUUAACGACUUAAGAAACACAUGGGAUGAUAUUGGAGAUCUUGGUCCAACUGAUUGCACUUGCACUCCUCAACCACAGAACAAGCGUCUCUGUUAUUGUCGUUACUUGCCGUGUCCUAGUACUUAAAUCCUCCAAUAUGAUAGAGAUGUCCAAAACUGAUUGUUCUCAUGUUUCCUAAAUCUAAUAAUAAAAACAAUCUCAACAAAUGUCUUUUACAAUCAUUUUAAUA